GCAGGCUGGAUUGAAGAGCUGAAGGUAAAGGCCAAGUGCCAGGUCCUAUGCUUGGGUCACACCAACCCUGUUGAAUGCUCCAGGCUGGCAGAAGAGAGGCUGGAAAGCUGGGAGAGGCCCUGGGGGUGCUGGUAAGAGCAGCUGGACAUGGGCCCAGGUGCACAAAAGGCUGAUGGCACCUGGGCUGUCCACUGUUCUGACACUGCUGGGCCACCUCCAGCCCUGGGGACAAAUCUGGAGCCCUCAUGGCAAGAGGGGCUGUCCAAAGAAGGGAAUGGAGCAGAAGAAGGGUCUGGAGUACCAGGAGGAGCUGUGGGGCCUCAGCCUGGAGUGACAGAGUCUUGGAGGGACCCUCUGACUCCCUACAACUCCCUGUCAGAAGGGUGCAGCCAGGGGGUGUGUCAGGCUCUGCUGCCAGGGAGCAAGUGACAGGACAGAAAAAACAGCGUCAAGCUCUGCCAGGGUAAGUUGAGGUUGGUUUGGACGAGGGGAGGAAUUUUCUUGAUAGAAAGUGGUGUCAGGUAUCAGAAGGGGCUGCUCAGAAAGGUGGUGGAGUCCCCAGCCCUGGAGCUGUCCAAAGAAGGACUGGACAUGGCACCCAGUGCUGUGGUCUGGGUGACAAGGUGGGGAUUGAUCACAGGCUGGGCUCAAUGAUCCUGGAGGUCUUUUCCAAUCUUAAUGACUGUAAAAUCCCUCUGGAUCCUUUCCCAGCUCUGCUCCAGGACCGCCCCAUUCCUUCUUGUAGCUCAGCAACAGCCAAGUGCCAGCCCAGCCCUAACACUGCCACUGCUGUUCCAGGUCUCCCAGGGCUCUCACAGCCAUGGAGCCUGCAGGGCGCCGCGCUGCCCAGGGAGGGGAGGGGGCUUCUGCAGGGUUCAGUGGGGGACAGGUCCUGAAGCCCUACGACAGCUUCAUCCGCGCCCACCUGCGCUUCUAUGGCUACUUCCGAGACGAGACGGGCAGGGAAGAGACUGCCAUGUCCCCGGGAAAACCCUCUGGGCAGCAUCCCAAGGCAUCCACCAUGGGCAACACCAACCCUAGCUGGCAACGAGGUCCUGGGCCAAACGCCCCCAGGCUGGUGUGGACACUCCAGCAGGGCAGACCGGCUCCCUUAACGCAGCCCUGGAGGUCUCCAGGAGAACCACAGGCUCCAUUCUCCCUCCCCGCUCCCCGCUGGCCUGUGGAGUGUGAAGUCAUCCAGGAGACGAUUGAGCACAUUGAGUGGGUCCCCCCCGAACCAGAGCCCUUCUGCCCACCCACGGGCCCGGAGCAGGCCCUGUACACCCUCAGUGUGGAGCAAGGCACUGUUGUCUACCACUCCAGCCCAGUGUUCCAAGGCUCCUGCUUUACCUGUGCUCGGGUCAGGGGAGCCCCAGGGCCAUUCUCCUCACCAGCAGCCCCCUUGGAGGGCCCCCAGGAUACCACGCUGCUCUUCGAGUCCCGCUUUGAGAGUGGGAACCUCCAGAAGGCCAUCAAGGUGGGCCCCUACGAGUACGUGCUGAUGCUGCGGCCAGACCUGUACACGGCCAAACACACACAGUGGUUCUACUUCCGUGUCCAAAACACACGGCAGGAGCCGCUCUACCACUUCACCAUCGCCAACAUGGCCAAGCCCAAGAGCCUCUAUGGCCAGGGCCUGCAGCCACUGCUCUACUCCCAGCGGGAUGCCCAGAGCCGUGGCAUAGGCUGGCGCCGGGUCGGGACCGACGUCCGCUACUACCGUGACAACACGGGGGAGCCGCCGAUGUUCCGGCUCAGCUGGUCCGUGCGCUUCCCACAUGAUGGCGACACGUGCUUCUUCGCCGCCUGCUACCCCUACACCUAUUCGGACCUGCAGCGCUACCUGCGCGCGCUGGUGGCCGACCCGGCGCGCUCGCGGUACUGCGCGGUGCAGGCGCUGUGCCGCAGCCUGGCCGGCAACACCGUCUACCUGCUGACCAUCACCAGCCCAGGCGGUGUGGCCGGCAAGCGGGUGGUGGUGGCAAGUGCCCGCGUGCACCCCGGCGAGAGCGGCGGCUCCUGGGCCAUGAGGGGAUUCCUCGAUUUCCUGCUGAGCAGCCAUGAGGACGCGAAGCUCCUGCGCCGCCUCUUUGUCUUCAAGGUGGUGCCGAUGCUCAACCCUGACGGGGUGGUGGUGGGCAACUCCCGCUGCUCCCUGGCGGGACGGGAUCCCAACAGGGCCUAUGGGAAGGCGCUUCCCGGCUCGUUCCCCGGCGUGUGGCACCUGCGGGCCAUGGUCCAGAGGCUGCUGGCAGAGCGGGAGGUGGUGCUGUACUGCGACUUCCAUGGGCACAGCCGAAAGAACAACGUUUUCAUGUACGGCUGCGAUGCCGGCAGGGAUGGCACCGCGACACGGCUGCACCAGCGUGUGUUCCCCCUGAUGCUGAGCAAAAACGCCCCCGACAAGUUCUCCUUUUCCAGCUGCAAGUACCAGGUGCAGAAGAGCAAAGAGGGGACAGGCCGGGUCUCCAUGUGGCGCCUGGGCGUCUCCCACAGCUACACCCUAGAAGUGGCCUUCAGUGGCUCGACGCUGGGUGGGAGGAGCUCCCACUUUAGCGUGCAGGACCUCGAGUCACUGGGCCGCCUCCUCUGUGACACCCUGCUCGACUUCUGCGACCCUGUGCCCGCCAAGCUCCAGCAGUGCCUGGUGGAGGUGGAUGCGCUGCUGCAGCGGCAGAUGGGUCGUGAGCCAGGCUCUGGAGGCAACUGGAGCGAUGUGUCCCCCUCAGAGCUUGAGUCCAGCACCAGUGGCUCUGACAGCUCCGUGUCCGAGGGGAUCCCAGAUGACUUCCACAGCCCUGACCGACCAAUGGAGCCACGCAGGAAGAAGCAGCUGCAGAGACGGAGAGCAAGGAAUGUCCUGCGCCGAACAAACCGGAGCCACACCAGCAUCCCGGCUGGGACCCGCAGGCAUCCAGUUCUUCCUGGUGUCCAGAGUGGAGGUGUUGGUGCUGGAGAGAAGCCCAGAGCCAGCUCCAGUGUCACUUUUCCCAGGGCAGCUGGAGCAGAGAAUGGCCCCCGUGCCGCUACAGGAAAGGUGCCUGGAGCUGACUCUGGAGUGGCCCUUUCCAGGGUACCUGAAGCAGGGAAUGGCCACUGUGCCACCAGGGGAAGGCAUCAGCUGGACAGUGGCACAAGCACUGCGACACACCGCAAGCCACCGCUGAGCCUCCGCCACCGUGGUGCCACCAGUGACUCUUCCCAGGAUCCAGCCGUGGGGGCCUUCCUGGGGCCAUCCUGGCAGCGGGGCGGGCACAGGCCCAGGGACAGGGCACGUCCCCUCGCUGUCCGUGCAGUGGCCUCACGCUGCUGUGCCUGCGCUCGGCAGUAAAGAUGUUGCCACCUC